CAUUGUGUCAUAGAAUGGAUCCAAACAAUAUGGCCGACUUGGACAUUUACGACGUAAUUAUUGACGAUAUUAUGAAUGACACGACUAUAGAAGAUAUGAUGCAGGAGGAGAUGGAGUUUUAUCAACGACGUGCCAACACCGUUAGGCCCAAGCGAACAAGAAAGGUGAUAGAGAGAGAUCGUGAAGCUGGGAACGAGCGGUUGUGGAAUGACUACUUCUCAGAAAAUCCUGUGAACACGGAAGAGCUUUUCCGACGAAGGUUUCGAAUGCGAAAGCAUGUGUUCCUCAGAAUUGUAGGGGCCCUUGGGUCUCAUGACCCGUACUUUUUAAUGUCUGUCGAUGCAGUUGGAAGACAAGGCCUGUCACCAUUACAAAAGUGCAUCGCCGCUAUUCGUAUGUUGGCGUACGGAUCACCUGCUGACAGUGUUGACGAGUACGUUCGAAUUGGUGAAAGUACUGCAAUUGAGUGCUUAAAGAAUUUUGUGAAAGGUGUGUGCAGUAGUUGGUGAAACAUACUUGAGGCGCCCGAACCAAGAAGACAUUACCCGCUUACUUCAAUGGGGCGAGUCUCGUGGAUUUCCAGGUAUGUUGGGUUCUAUUGAUUGUAUGCAUUGGGAAUGGAAGAAUUGUCCAGUUGCGUGGAAAGGUCAAUUCACCCGAGGUGAUCAUGGAAAGCCCACAAUCAUGCUUGAAGCAGUGGCAUCACAAGACUUGUGGAUUUGGCAUGCAUUUUUU